AUGCAAGUGCCGGUUCUCGGCUGCACUUUCCUCACGCUGUCAGAUCAUGAGGAAAGUACUGCCGAGAACCGGCAGUUGUCAGAGCGGGGAUCGGCACCGAUCAUGAGGGCACUGAUGAUCAGUGCCCUGAUGAUCGGUGCCCAGCAGUGCCACCCGCAAGUUCGGCCCACCUGUGCCCAGCAAUCACCCACCUGUGCCCAGCAGUGCACCCACCUGUGCCCAGCAGUGCACCCACCUGUGCCACUCUGCAGUGUCACACACCUGUGCCCAGAAGUGCCACCUACCUGUGCCCAGCAGUGCCACCCACCUGUGCCCACCAGUGCCACCCACCUGUGCCCACCCACCAGUGCUGCCCACCAGUGCCACCCACCAGUGCAGCCCAGCAGUGCUGCCAGUCAGUGCCACCAGUCAGUGCCCAGCAGUGAUGCCAGUCAGUGCCGUCUAUCAGUACCCAUCAUCAGUGUCACCUAUCAGUGCCGCCUAUCAGUGGUGCAUAUUAGUGCCGCCUAUCCGUGCCACCUCAUUAGUACU